UUCAUCGUCAACAAUUGAUUGAUUUCAAGCAAGAAGAAAAAAAACGAACGCUGUUCAAUUGUUUUUACACACAAUCGUCUUCAAAUCUAUUUUCUUCUAUUUUAUUUCUGGCUCUAAAUGUUGAAGAUGAUACUCAUUCGAUCAUUAUUAUCUGUUGGACAUCUUUUUUCUGAGUGUUCAUUCUUCAAUCAUUCUACAUCAUCAUCAUACUGCACACUCUCCAAUUGGUGAUUCCAUUUCCAUGUUUUGUUUUCUCGCUACCUUCGUUCAAUCGUUUGUUCAUUUGUUCAUCAUCAUCAUCAUCAUUGGCCAGAUAAUUCGAAUUGCCACAUUUUUUCUAGCUUUCUAACCAACAGAACUGUUGCCAUUUGUUCAUCAUCGUCGGUUGUGGUUUUCAACCAAAACGAAUAUUGUUCACAUACCAGCAAAAUGAAAAAAAUAGCUUGAUUGGUUGAGUAUGAUGAUGUACUCUGGCUUUUGCUAACCUAUCGCCGGCAACACAGCCGUGAACACCAUCGGUAUCGAACGGUUCAUCGAGUUGUUCUUGUGCUAUGAUGGUCUUUCUCGACAACGACGAAUUGAAUUAAAGAAAGAAAACAGAGUUCUCUCUCCCUUUCCUUCGUCUUUUGACCAUUUUUUAAAAAUCAAAAUAAUAAGAACAAGAUUCUUCUAUUCCUGGCAUCAACCCCUAACCGAAAUGAAAUGAACAAACAACGAAAAUGACUUUGUGUCUUCCCUCUAACCAACCGACCAUUCGUUCAUUCAUCAUACCUGUUAUAUGUCAAUGGCUGCUGUAUCGACGGUAAUAACAACAACAAUAUGAACGACGGCUACAGCAUGAUGAUGUUAAGGAUAAAAACCUCGAUGAAACUACCGUCGUUUGAUCAGUUUUGGUUUUUUUUAUUUCAUUUCGCUUCGUUCAUCUUCAAGAUUUAAAAAGACUUUGAGGCAAUUUUAUCCAUAUAUCGUUUGAUUUUUUUAUCACCCAUGAAGAACAUUUUCAUUCGAUACGCAAUCGAACCAAUCUCAUUUAUUUAUAUGCCAAUCAUCGAAUUCUCAAUUCGUAAUCAAUCAAAAUUUACUUUUCUAUUUUUUCAUCACCAUCAUAGAUUUUUGACCAUGAUUGAAACUUAUCGGUGUGAUUUCACUUCUUUAAUUUAUUGCAUUGUGAAAUGUAAUUAAAAUGAAUAAUGAAUAAUUUAUGUUGGACAAAGUGACCGCAGUGCUCGAAACAUUCAUUCAUAUAGGAUUUCAACAACAACUUUUUUCUUCAUACAACAACAUAUAUUUUGUGUGAUUUCAUUUUUCAAUUUUCAAUUAUCAAUUAUCAAUUUUCACGUCACGAACAUUAACAACACGUUAAACGAUAAACAUCAAUCAAUAUGUUCCUAUCAAGAUCAUCAUUAUUUUUUAUUGACUGGGGCUCGACCACCAUCAUCACUAUAAUUCUUUUCAUUAUAAUGUCAUCAUCAUCAAUAUCUGUGGUCAAAAGUCAAGUCUCAUCAUCCGAUUUGAAUUAUGAUGAUUGCUCAACAACAAACGGUACGAUUACAUUCGAGUUAAUUACCGGUUUUGUAUUUACCUCAUCAACCGAUACGGUAACAAUGAUGAUACCUGGGGUAUUACAUUUAGCCGAAUGUUUAGAUCAUUGUCGCCAAAAUCAAACUUGUAAUUCAUUAAAUUUUGAAACUGGCCUCUGUGUAUUACUCAGUUCAUCGGCAUUACAAUUACCGGAUGCAUUGACACCAUCACAAUUUCCAGUAUUUACUAUUUAUGCUCAGAAAAUCUGCUUGAAAAAUCUAAGCACCAGUUGUGCUAACAAUGGAUGGACAUUUGAACGUGUUAGUGGCUUUGAACUUCGUGAACAUGAAAAACGCUUGCUACAAGCACCAACCAGUCAAGAUUGUAUGCAAGCAUGUGUUUGGGAGCAAAAGUUUCAAUGUCGUUCGAUUAAUUAUGAAUCAAAAACUGGUGAAUGUUGGCUCUCGGAUAUGAAUCGUCAUACAGUUAACAUUAAUACGGAAAUACGUUCACAAAAAUAUGGUCCAUCAUCCGGUAAUAUUGAUUAUUAUGAAUUCAAUUGCGUACAAGAACCAAAAAGACUUUGUGAUUUUAAACCGAUUCAUGGCCGAAUAUUGAAAACGGUCGAUUCGGUUUAUCAAAAUAUCACCACCAUUGAAGAAUGUCAACGCCAAUGUCUACAAGGACCAUAUAAAUGUCAUUCAUAUGAUUACGGUGAUCCAAGUAAUCCGGUUUGUCGUACAAGUCAUUUAGAUAAGAUUUCAUUGGCGCAUAUUGAUAAUCCUUAUAUCGAAAUUGCCGGUGCAUCUACUUAUGAGCUACAAGCUUGUUAUGAUGUAAACAUCCAUUGUGAAUCCCGAGAAAUGGUUGCUAAAGUACGAUCAUCGAAAAUAUUUGAUGGCAAAAUCUAUGCUAAACGUAAACCAUAUCAUUGUAUGACCGAUGUGAAUGAAAGUCUUGAAUUUGAAAUCCAUAUGGGAUAUAAUGAUCUUGAAUGUGAUGUACAGCAAACUUCAAGAGGUCAAUAUACGAAUGAUAUUGUCAUCCAACAUCACGAUAUGAUUGUCACCACACAAGAUCUUGGUCUAAACAUCAACUGUAAAUAUGAUCUUUCCAAUCAAAGCAUUUCAAACAACGUCAAUCUUGAUAUUACUGGCAAUUUGCAGCCAAUCGGUACACAUUCAGCUGUUGUCGAUUCACCAAAUGUAACAAUGACGAUUGUAGAUAUGGAUGGUGCCAAUGUACGUGCGGCUAAAGUUGGUGAUCAAUUAGUGUUACGUUUUGAAAUUGUCGACCAAUCAACUCCGUAUGAAUUAUUUGUCCGUGAAUUAAUAGCUUUGGAUGGUAGUGAUAUGUCCGAAUUUGUUCUUAUCGAUUCGGAUGGUUGUCCAACGGAUGUUGCCAUCAUGAAACCAGUAUUAAAAUCUCGUGAAAGCGCAAAAACAUUGGAGACAAGUUUCGAAGCGUUCAAAUUUCCUUCAUCGGAUAUUGUUCAAUUCAAAGCAUUGAUCACACCAUGUAUUACAAAUUGCGAGCCAAUCAAUUGUAAUCUUAAUCUGCCGAAUGGCCGAACAAGCCAAAGCAUAUCGUAUGGCCGACGAAGAAGACGUCGUUCACCAUCCAAUGCUGAUGAUAAUAAUAAAUCAGAUAUCAAUGAUCCUAGGCAAAAUGUUAUUGUUGUAGAAUCAUUGAGUGUAACUGAUAAAUUUGCAGUAAAAGAUGGUAAAAAACGAAAUAAAAUCGAACAAAACAAUCACUCAGAAGUAUAUGCCGAUUUUGAAGAUUCCAUUUCAAUUAAUGGUUUACCACGAAUGGAGAUUACAUCACCAUGUGUAAAUGUUAUCAGCCUAAUGAUAUUUGCCGUAGCAUUUCUAGUAUGUCAAACAAUCCUAAUCAUCAGUUGGUCAUAUAUUUGGAGUAAAAAACGUAAAAAUUCAUUGCUUGAAAAUGAAUUGAUUUAUGGAAAAGCAUCAUCAGCAUCCACUCAGUGGUCAUUGGUUCCAUCAACGAAAUCAAUCAAUCGGAUGCCCAUCACAAAAAGAACGUGUGGCCCACUACAAUCAUCAUCAAUCGUAUACUCGGUACCUAGUCGACAACAUGGAUAUUUUUCAUGAACUUUUUCUUCUGGCAAAUUCUGAUACAAGACACUCACUGGUUACGGGCUUUAACUUGCAAGAAAUCCACGGGAAAAGGACUUCAUUUUUUUUCUUGGCUCUCAUUCAAACUUUGGCUAUUUAUUUAUUUAUUAAUUUUUUGAACCAGAAAAUUAUUGUCACUCGUUCAACAGGAGCACAUUAAAUGAUGAGCAUGAAGAUGGGUAGAAAUUUAUUAUUUUUUCCGAAUGUUAAGGUGUGGCCAAAUUAUUUUUGCUUUUUUCUUUUACUAAAUCAAUUGUUUUUUCCCAUCCUGUCCAACGAAUCACAUAUCAUGUAUUUCGAAACGGGCCGAAUUAUCAAAUUAUGAAUACUUCAUGCAUAUUUAUGUAAUUUUUUCUCAUUCAAUCAAAUAAUAAAGACUUUUAAAGU